AUGACUGACCUCUAUCUCGCCUGGCAGCUCACGGCCUUGAUGGCAGGACUGGUCUCGAUUGGAGUUAUGAUCGCUGUCUUUGUCAAGUAUCCCAGCUCCAGGCUGCAUCCGGGCAUCAUCCUGAUGACCAUCUUCAUGAGUCUAACGAUCGCAAGUAUCAUGCGCGUUGGACUGCACGCGUGGCAUCUUGUACUCGGUCCGGAUCAUGAUGAUGGCCUUUUAUCGGCGACCCUUAGCCGCGUCGCGAACGAGGAGCUCGGGUAUGACUCGGAACGACCAGUGGAACCUUACGUGUCUUUCUUCUUCUGGAGCUACUUCUUCUUCAAUACGUCCACGACGCUGUGGUUCCUCAUGCUGGCCCUCGACCUGAUCUUCUCGCUGUCGAACCCGUUCCUACCAUUUAAUGCCGACAACAUCAAGCACCACAUUUGUGCCUGGCCGGCGUCGGUGAUCUACUGCUUCAUCUUUCGAUAUGUGCUCAAGGAGUUCCAGGAUACGGUCACGGCCCGCGUGAUGCUGUACUUUGACGUACCAGCGCACCUCACACUUCUUUACAUCAGCUUUGCUCUCAUCCAGUCCUGGCGUCGUUCGCGAAUACUUGAGACGCACGCACAUGCUACGACAAGGCGAAUGGCCAAGCGGAUUUUGCCGUACCUGGGAGUGUUUGCCGUCUAUACGAUAGUGGCGUUGUCCAUUUCGCUCGUGCAGCUCGGUACGGCGUUCGGCCAGAUCUUACCCAAUACGUUGGACCAGCUUGCGCUCGUGCUUGAGGGCUUGGCCGUGUUCGCCCUAUUCUGCUGGGAUGCUGGAGUCCUAAGGGUGCCGAUGGAUCAACGCGAAGACGAAGUUGUUAGGGAUACCGGAAAUUCCAGCAGUGCAUCGCGUAUUGCUAUGUCCCAAGGUGAAGCUGGAGGAGCAGGAGCUCGUAGUUCUACAUCUAGAGGUGCAAUGUCGGUGCCUCUGAGCAACCCAAGCGAGGAGAUUGACGUGUCGAACAAACUUCGCAUGGACGUGAUGCGAUACAUGUCCUUGGGCAUUAUGAAGUCGAUUGAGAUGGCACAAGCUGCGGAAAAAGAUGCACAGGACCUCAGUCUAAGUGCCGAACACACGGGAUCGGAUACCGACGCUGCUGGACUGCAUGCCGGUGGCUUCUACUCGAACAUUGGCUUCCACGACUACAACUAUGUCAAGAGCAUGGGUGUCCUUGUCUACGGCCUGAAGCACAGCACGAUGCUCAACUUUCGCGACUGUGCGCCCAAAGUCUUCCACCGGAUUCGAGCACAGUUCAACAUUGACCAGGACUUUUACCGCGAGUCCUUCGAUCCGUCUCGCAUUCUCAGUGAGCACGGAUCAGAAGGCAAGAGUGGCAACAUCUUUUACUUCACAGCAAACAAGCAGUUCAUGGUAAAGAGCGUGCCGAAAGAGGAGUUCGAUACCUUGCGAGCUAUCUUGCCACACUACCACGAGUACUUGCAGUCGAAUCCAAAGUCGAUGCUGUGUCGCUACUAUGGCUGUCACUCGAUCUCGUUACCUAUUGGCAAACGUCGUAUGUACUUUGUCGUGAUGCAGAACUUGUUCAACGAAGGCGCGGUGGAUCAGCGGUUUGAUCUCAAGGGCAAUCGAGACCGACGUCAAGCAGUGAGCGCAACGGUCAUGAAGGGGCUCAUCCACGUUGCAAAACACAGGAACACCAUCAGUCAGCUUUUGAUGGACGUGGAUUUCCUCAAACUCAGCUCGGGGAUGUCGCUUUCGCAUGCCAACACGGCCUCGCAGCAAGAUCAGCUCUGUAGUGACGUUGUGUUCCUUGCCAGUCGCGGUAUCAUCGACUACAGUAUCCUCCUCGGUGUCCGGUACAAGAAUGAUCUGGAUCCAGUAGCAGUGCAUUCCAGCGGGCUCUUGUCUCACGACGAGAAAGAGAUCUAUUAUGUCGGUAUCGUGGACAUGUUGCAGCGCUACAACUGGCGCUGGACUGUGCAGCGUUGGUUCUUGGGCUAUUUGUUCUGCAAAGACCUCCACGACGUCAGUGCCGUGCCUCCCAUCGAGUAUGCGACUCGACUCGCCGAUUUUGUCCGUGAGAAGUUAUUUGACAUCCAAUACACCAACGCGAGCGCCUCGAGUUUCUACAACGAUCCAAGCACACAUCACGGAAGCGACAAUGCAAGCGAACGUGACCGACCUUCUCGCAGUUCGAGCGAUGUGUCGACUCCUCCUACGUCGCAAGGGUUUCGGAAGAUGCAGUACAGCGACCGGUGCUCAAUUGAUAUGCAGCACUUGUCCGUCUUCUCCCUCGGCACAGCAGAAAUGGAUCCAUCACCACCUUCCUCGUCAGCGUCAUCUUCGUCUUCUUCUUCUUCUUCGACUUCGUCCCCGUCGGUCGCGUACUCAUCCGUGUGUGAAAGUCCAGUACAAGGUCUCGCGUCGGCAAAAGCACGCAGCGCCGCGACGUUCUUUGUCUGA